AUGCUUAUUUACAUGGCGAUAGUGGUUGGCGUAAUGGCAGUGGUAGAAGCACCACCACCGAAAACAAACACAGGGAUCACUCCGAUACCGUUCGACAAGAUCAACCCUAGAGCCAACGAGUUUCGACGUCUGGAACCGACGGAACGAGCAGAUCAACGAGAUGGUGUGGUAUCACGUGGUGAGUACGACACCUACUAUAAACGUAUGGACGACGAGCGUAGACGUAAUGAUAUGGAACGUGAACGCUUUUUCGAAGGACUUGUAGGUUUCCAUCGGGACCCAGCUCUUCAAUUCUUUAGCGCUGGAGCGUCUGGUAAGAAAUUGACGAAGAGCGUAUCCGAAGAAAGAGCACCGGCGCAUCUCGCCUAA